UCAUUGGAUGAAUCACAGUCAUCUGAAGUGAUCUAAGCGAACUGGUACUGGUAUCACAUCGUUGGUCAAUACGCAAUUAAAGAAAUUCAAUAUUUUCGUGAAACUAACAGUGUCCUGCUGUGCACUAUCCAUUAAAUAAAUCAACACCCCACGCACGUACAAAGCACUAACUACACGCAACAUGUUCAAAUUGUUGGUUCUCAGCUUGGCCCUCUUCUCUGGCGCACAUAACGCACUCGCAGGAUUUAUCGGGGGCUAUGGUUUGGGCCACGACUACGGUCACUAUGGAGGAUUUGGGCACGGACUGUACGGCGGCUAUGGCCACUAUGGAGGUUAUGGUGGUUAUGGUCACUACGAUCACGGCUAUGCGGCACCUAUCAUCACCAAGACGAUCGCAGCGGCGCCGGUGAUUACGAAAAUUCAAGCCGCACCCAUCAUCACGAAAACCAUAGCGGCGCCAAUUGUGACAAAGACCAUUGCCGCCGCGCCUAUAGCUAUUGGACACGGCUAUGGCUAUGGACAUGGCUACGGCUUGGGGCAUGGCUAUGGCUUGGGACACGGCUAUGGUGGUCAUGGUUUCUACGGCGGACAUGGCUUCUAUGGAGGACAUGGUUAUGGCUAUGGACAUGGCUGGUAAAUGUGAAGUAGUAUGUUAGGAGGUUUAAGAGAGGAAAAAGGAAAUAACUGUACUGUGUUGAUUUGCCUAAGUGGUGCUCACUGUUAAGUACGCGUAUAUAUUAUACAUAUGCUGUUCAGACGUUGUGCUUGAGGCCAAGCCUCAUUUAUUAUACACUUAUAUUGCAAUUUGAGCAGCACUAAUUUAAAAGACUAAAAACGCUUGCAUGUGUUUGUAUAUAAUUAUCACAUUAUUGCAUAUUCUAGUGUGAAUUCAUUUAUUGUUGUAUUGAUUACUUAAUACCUGUCUAUGUAAUGCAAAUGUCAAAUGCCAAAAACCAAAAUAAAAUAUGAAUUAUUAUACACUCAAA